AUGUCGUCUCCCGAUGAACCUUGCCCCGUCUUUGGCUCAGGAGACGAGAGACGUCUCCGCGACUGGUGUACGUCCUUCCGAAACUCUCUAUCCGCAGUUUGGCUUGAAGUCGCUUGUCGUAAAUUUGCUGCGACACUGCCGGCUUUGACACCAGGAAGACGAUCUGCGUUCCUCGACUGGGCACUGGACACGCUAGGUCGAGAUGGUCUGUUCCAGUAUGAUCGGAUUGAGCUGCUAUGCUACUCGGUACCCUACCUUCCCCCAUUCGACAGCAUUGCACGUUACUGCGAACGGAUUCGCAGUUUCGUUGAGGAGCCAAGACUCACGAGGUGUCGUAGCGCCGGACAAAUGACGAGCAUCAUUGACAGCUUCAUCACGGCGGAGCUCAGCCGUGCUCCAUGGGAGGGUAGAAGAGCUUUCGUGUUUGAGCUCAAGUGGAGACUUCAAAGUCGCAAGUUGUUGCGUACGGGCGUAUGCUCUAUCUUCGACGGCUUGCUUCGAGGUGAUACAGAUUGCCUCCAACGUGGACAAGCCCUGCUCGCCAAUGCUUUGGAGGACCCAGACCGAGACAACCUUGACGAUGUCGACUUUGACAACCGCAGUGACUCCGACAGCGAGUUCGAAGCCGACGUUGCCGUUGGAGAGAACAACCCUAGAGAAGUCGGCCCGUCACCACAUCUCCGCCUGAUUGCCGGAGCGCUUUGGUCGCCAACGCCGAUCACCUCUGAGAUGCCACAGCCAGAAAACCGUGACCAUCCAUCUAAUCGAGUCCCAGAAGGUGUCCAGGUCACCGCUACCCAAAACGAGAUGAUUCGACGCCAGAACGACAUAAUCAUGGUGCUCAUGGGAUAUUUGACAGCCGCUGCCGAGUUCCACGACAUGCUGAGAUUGCCAGAUGCUGCUGGCUGA